AUGUUGACAGAUCCAUACAGCUGCGAGGUCAUUCGAAGAGUUCGAAUAUACGGCACUUUCUCCAUCGGCAAGGAUAUCAAGGGCGUUUCCGUCUAUUUUCGAAAGGAAGAGAAUGGACACACAUGCUCGGUCAGCUCACUUGGGUUUUCGUUCCCUAUCAGCAAGUUUAUCCAUCACUCCAGCGCUCAGGUAGUGCUUUGUAAGAAACUCUUCGGUCCGGAAAUCGACGUCAGCGACGCGCCGGUACAGAAGUACAAACUUUCCGGUGUCUGUAAACAUCCCCUGACUGUCCAAAUCAACUUCGUUCAAAUUCCAUACCAGUGGCAGAUGAUCACCCCCGGAGCUGCACCCAUGAAUGGAACACCUACACAUGACAUCUGGACGAUGAUGGUUGUCAGUCGUGUGAAUGGAUUACACACCCGGAAAGCCGCUGAGGUCCGCAUUAUCGUUGCAUGGUUGAGGAACGCAUGGGGCUGA